AUGGCUCAUCUUCAACAUCUCCAUCUUAAAUUGGGUUUAGGUCCACACGAUCCAUGGGUCAUAAAAAAGUGGUUAUCCGACUCUGAUGUUCACGGUCAGUUUGUUCUACCUAAACACGAUUUCGAAACUUUUAUCAUACCGGUCUUACCCCAAGUUUUGGUCGAGAAUUUGGCGAAUGGUGUUGAAGUGAAGAUCCAUAUUAUAGAGGAAGGUCAUGAAGCUGCUGAUCACAUCUUAACUUUGAUUAUAUACAAAGGAAUGUAUGUAUUCAAAGGAGGAUGGUCAGUUCUUGCUAGAGAAAAAGGUUACAAAAAAGAUGAUGAAAUUGGACUUAUGUGGGAUAAGUGGUCUAGUAGGUUUUUCCUUCACCAUAUUACCCGGUUUUAG